AAAUAUCAAACAACAACAAAAAGUGUAUGUACCUACUCUCAAAACGCAUUGAUUUUAUGAGUUUUUCCUACAAGUCAUCUUCAUCCCUACACAAAAGUCUCAUAUACCUACACAUUCUAAAUAAAAAAAAAAAAAAAAUUCCCCAAAAAAACAGCUGCUCUUUAAAGAAAGAAAAACAAUACUUUUCUCGGGAUACCUUUUAUACUGUUGCUAAGCAACAGGUAGCACUAUUAGGCCCACUUUAUUUCCCACACGCAUGAAUUUAGGAAAAAUCAACACAAAUACACACACAGACACAAAAUAUGCAAAAGAAAGAAAAACUACAACAGAAGAAGAUACAACAAAAUUUUUCAGAGUAAUUUGAGCAAAUGCUUUUAAAAUCGAGAGAAUAUGAGAGAACUGAGCUACAAAAGCUUUUCAUACUAUUUUUUACACCACACAACGCCAUUUGAUGCUCUUGAGGUGAAUUAUUUUGGAAAAUUCAACCCCUAGCCGGUCAUAGAGAUUUUCCUCAAACUGACAAAAAAAAAAGGAUCCUAAAGCUUUUCUCCUCUCAAAAAAAAUCCAAGCAAUACCGACCAACGACAACGAGAUGCGUUUUUCGAAAACUCGGCUACCACAGUUUUCGGGCAGCUUUUUAAUCGGAAUGACGCGUCGUCUUGUGUAUGAACCGUCACUUCUUUGUCGCCGUUGAGUGAAUAUUUUUUUUUUGUACUCCACAAAGAAAAAAAAAUUGAAGAGGAAUCUUAUUCCUCUUAAAUUUUCAGGAGCACAAAGGAUGGAUGGAUAGAUACAUAUAGAAAUUGAGAAAAAAAAAAUGUAAACCAAAAUUCCUGUGCAACAAAUUUUACUUAAAAAAAAACGGAAACAAUUAAAUUGUCAUAAUUUUGUUUGAAAAAAGUUUUUUUUUUUACUGAAAAUAAAAUUUUAAACAAGAAAAAGUUAACAGAAAACACAAUCCAUUUAAGCCAUCAGGAAGUGGAGUGGAAAUCCCUAGGGAAGUGACGACAAGGACGACAACGACGACGCAUCACGGCGACAACGACAAACGACGAAUUCGCGCUGUGUGACCAAAAAGGCCGUUAAUUUCUUUUUUCCAUUUGCUUUCGACACUUUUUUUUUUUUUUCAUUUCUUUGUUCACAACUUUGUUGCUCUGUGAAAAAUGUUCGUGUGUGUCAAAAACACGUAUUUUAAUUCCCUUGACGAGUCCUGAUGAUCCUGAUGGCGUUUCGGGUCUCCAUUUUUUUUUUUUGUAUUCUCUCACUCGUUGUUGCCCCUUAAUGUAUGUGUCAAUUUUCUCGGUUCUUUAAAUAUUUAAUAAAGUUAAAUAAAAUAGUAAAUUUACAUAAAAUUGAGUUUUUUAUGUACGUGAAAAAUAAAAAAGUCAUAAAAUAAAAUAUCUGCUGAAGUGAAAAUUGAAAAAGUAUAUAAAUUUACUGGAAAAAAAAAAAUGAAAAGGACAAUGCCGUUGUGAAUAUUGGCAGCAGUGGCAGAGAAAGAGAGUGUGUGUGUUUUUUUUAAAUACACUUGAUGUGCAUGGAAAGGGGUGUGUUCAGUAAUUUAUUACUUUUUUUUUUGUUGUGAGAAUCCGAUUCCCAGCUGAUGUUGGGGUGGUGUUGUUUUUUUUUUUUCUACUAAUGUCGUGAAUUUAUUUAUUAUGCUUAGUUUGGCAAAACUGCUAGCUGUAUAAUGUGCUUAUCUCAAAAGAAAAAAAUAAAUAAAUAAAUUAUAAAUGUUUACAUGCGCCUUGAAUGGGGAAAACAAAAUUAAAACAAAUCGGUUCGUGUGGAAGAAAGAAGAAAAAAAAUUCGUGUUGGUUCGCUUAUUAAAGUUGGAAUUUGUGUUGGAAUUAAUUUAAUGGUCUAAUAACAAAACGGGGGGUCCCUGGUCUAGUGAGGGUGAAUUUUAAUUGAGCUUUGACACUAUGGAAGAGCUAAUUUUUUUUUUUAAUAAUGUGAAACUAAUUCAAAUUAAAAAUAAAUUUAACAACUUGGUCGAAGAAAAUAAAUAAUAAAAAUAAUUUAGUGAUGUAUUAAAAUUAUUAAUCAUAACAAUUAACAACAAAUUAAUGUAAUUGAAGCAACGGAUAGCUGAGACAAUUUAUGACAGAUUGGUAGCUAUUUUGCACGAGGAGGUGUUAAAUUAAAAACUUUUAGAUUUUGCUACAAAAAAUAAUCUAAACCGCAUCUAUAAAAAUGUUAAAACUAAUAAAACCAAAGCCAAAAUAAAAGCUUCUUAUUUAAUAACAAAUAAUUAAAAAAUAUGGGCUCAUAAGAAAAAAAAAUACUACCUUUUCUAGGUAAAUCAUAAAAAUAUCAAAGUGAAGUGGAUUUUUUUUUUUUAAUUUUAGUUAACAGUUACUUCGUCAAUAUUGACGAUGAAACAAAAUGGCGACUUCUUGCUUUUUGCAAGAAAUCAAUGCAAUUUUUCAACCAGCCACAAAAAAAAUGGUUGACUAAUUUUUUUUUUUUUUUUUCAAUUUGUAAUCAAAUAAAUUCAAAAUAAUUCUAAAAUCAUGAUGUUUUUGAAAAAAUAGUGUCAAAAUUGUUAAUAAGAAAAAAAAAAUCAAAAUUAAAAAAAAAAGUGACAGUGUUUUCAUCCUGUCGCAUUAUUUGUAUAAAAAUAAAUUAAAUUAAAAAAAAAAAAAAAAAAAAUGGCGGGUCCGCAACUCCAACAACGACACCCCAUUUUGUAUGGCGGUGGCAGUAAUGGCGGUGAUAAUAUCGGCGGAAAUAGUAUUUGCAUAGCAAGUACCAGCACAUCGAGUGCUGGGCUGCAUGCCUUGCGGCAAAUAUCCGAUCAAAACGAUUUGAUCUAUCGCGGAUCGACAUUGCCGCAUUGCAGUAAUGGCGGCAAUAAUGCUGGAGCGGCAACUAUCAGCCGCGGAGUUAGUGGAAGUGUUUCGACACAAAAUACACAACAAAGCGCAAGUAAUACAGCGCUCUGCCGCCCUGGCACUAGCAGUAGUGAUGCACUUAUCGUUCCUGGAUCGCAUAGUAAUAUUGAAAUAACUGUCGAUGCGACGAAAUCAAUUAAAUCCGAUGAUGUUGAACAAGGUCAACGGAAGGUGCGGCAUAAACAUCGACCGAUAUUAAGGAGAUUAGUUAACUAUGUAAGAGGUCUAUUUCAAGGUUCCUCGACGACAAAUGAUUCCGAAUUAGAAGAAUUCGAAACGCCAGCACGAUAUCGUCCGGAUUCACUAAGUGCCCUCAGUCGUGCCACACGUUUUACUGAAGACGAAAUCAAACGAAUUUAUCGGGGAUUUAAGGCUGAGUGUCCGACGGGCGUUGUCAAAGAGGAUACCUUCAAAGUAAUCUAUUCGACAUUCUUUCCUCAGGGAGCGAAUCCAGCCCUGUAUGCACAUUAUGUGUUUAAUACAUUGGAUCAGGAUCAUAGUGGAAUCGUUAGUUUUGAGGACUUUGUUCAAGGACUUUCGGUUCUGUCACGUGGAUCGGUUGAAGAGAAACUCCGGUGGACGUUUUCAUUGUAUGACAUCAAUGGUGAUGGCUUUAUUACUAGGGACGAAAUGACUGACAUUGUGACUGCCAUAUAUGAGCUAAUGGGUCGUGUACCUGACGAAUGUCCUGAAGAAGAAAAAAUUCGCCAUAAAGUCGAGCGAAUAUUUAGGAAAAUGGACACAAAUCGGGAUGGCGUUGUUACACUCGAAGAAUUCCUCGAAUGUUGUCACAAUGACAAAGCAAUUUCUAGAUCAAUGUCCGUAUUCGAUACAGCAUUCUGACCAUAUCCAGGCGAUGUUGUCGAUGAUGGCGAGGAACGUCGUCACUGCCGCCACCGCGCUAUGCGGCUACAUCGUCAUAGCUCAAACAAAAGUUCGAAAAAGGAUACACAACAUAGCCAGAGCAAUAUUAAAAGUCAGCAACAACAACCACCACCAGCAACAGCCACAUCAUCCGAAUCCCCCCAUCAUCAUCACCAUCGUCAUCAUCAUCACCGCCAUCGGCAUCAUAGUAAAACUAGUCGAAGCACCACCCACACCACCGCUAUCACCACCGCCACAAAUAAUAAUAAUUCCUCAAGUAAAACGAAAAAGAGAAUCAAAUUAAAAGAACGUCCAAUUGAUGAUGAGACUCAACAACAAGGACUUCCAUCAGUGGCUUCUGCAACAGCAACAACCACAGCAACUACUGACAAACCAAACGACCGGCGACAGCUAAGUUUAGCUAUUAAAGUUGAAAGACCAUCGUCAUCGUCACCACCACAGCACCGCCCUUCAACGGACGACAGUUUAAAUUGCAACAAGGACGUUGUCGUGGUUGUGGAGCCACCCACCACCGCACAACACCUUCCCGCACCCCCGUCAUUCUCAUCCACAAAGUCUUCACCAGUGCGACGUCCAUCAGUGGACUUUAAGCCGUCGUCAAGAUCAGCGUCAUCCACAUCCUUGUCGUCUUCGACGUCGUCAAGGGCAAGCGCUUCCUCAUCGUCGUCUUCGUCGUCAUUUUGCCGUCAUUGUUUACGUCCGCAAAGGGAAUUGCAAUUACGUUACGUACGUCAUAGACGUCACAAAAAGCCCGAUCCCAUUGAAACACAAGAGCUGCCAGUCUUAAUACCCCCUCAACAGCAACAGCUAGCCAUAAUGCAGCCGUCAGCACUGUCAUCAGACCCGACGAAGGGUCGUCGCUCUAGCAGACGUUCAACGGCAACGUCUUCAUCGAAAACUGUUACCACAGUUAAGCCACAGCGCACAACAACACAUCGAGCUUCAGUUGGCGAUGGUGGCGCCCGUAGCGGUCAGAGAGGAGGUUCAAUAAUGUCGACUUCAAUGGCGGCUGGCCGCCAUCAACAUCAUCAUCGUCAACAUCUUCUACACCGUUAUUCGCAGCCAACAACAACGACAACGAUACGAAUAGAAUCAGAGGGUGGUGGCGCCUCCAAUCUGUCACGUAAUCAAAACUUUAAUCAAAAUCUAAGCGUCACAACGCCGAAUCUGUUGACGGUAAGUGGGGCAAGUUCAAAUCGGUCGAGUCGUAGCGGCCGGGCGAGUAGUAGUAGAAGUGGCCAAUUAGACCAACAAACACCCGAAUCACCCUCGUUGGUGAAGGUGCGGACCUGGUAUACGGUGGCCAAACAGGGUGUGUCGUGUUAGCAUAGCACAUGUGAUUAUUUUUAAAUUUAAGUUUUUAUUUCACCUUUUGUUAAUUUUA